GCCUGCCCAACAAAGAUUUGUCCCAAAGGCAAACUGAGAAAGCUCUGAGCACCACGCUCUUUGCGGACUCCACCCAUACCACACUUUGGACCCUUGAGAGAGAGAACAACAGACGCACACACACAGAGCAUCCGCCCAUCGCGGGUACAGAGCAACAUCAUGUCCGAGUACAGCUAUGCACCACCUCGGCACCGAAACCGGGAGCCCGAGUACGUGACCGAGACGACGUAUAUUGAGCGCGGCGGCCGUGGAGGCGCAGUGCGUGAUCUCGUCUACCGCCCUGCAGCCCGGGAGGACAGCAUCGAAGAGAUCCCCCGCGACUUCCCUCCUGGCACCGAGUUCAGACAGACCAAGUACCGCGAAGAGUAUGCGCCACCUCGUCGCACUCGUUCCAUGAAUCGCGGCUACGACGACGACUACUAUGACCGCCCUCGUCGCCGUGACCGUGGUGGCCGUGACCGUGACUACGAUGACUAUUCCGAGUAUUCUGAGCGACCCAAGCCCUCGCGCCGCAAGUCAAUUGUCGACCAAGUAAAGAGCUUCGGCGAGUCGGCAGGCCUAGGAGGAAUCAUCGGCGCCGUCACUGGCCGCGAACGCUCUCGUUCUCGCUCUCGUGACCGCGACCGUUCCCGCUAUCGUCGGGACGACCGUGGAUAUGACAGCGACAGGCACGGAUAUUACGAUGAUCGCCGAAGUCGCUAUACCUCCCGUUCACGCAGCCGUAGCCGAGGAGGCACCAAAGAGAAAUGGGAACAGGCUGCCAAAGCGGCUCUUGUUGCUGGUGCCGUCGAGGCCUUCCGUAGUCGCAAAGAACCAGGCCCCUGGACUGGUGCCAAAGGCCAACGUAUUGCCACUGCCGCUAUUGGUGCAGCUGGUAUUGACGGUCUCAUCGACAGAGAUGGAAAGCACGAGAAGAGGCACGUAGCUGAAUCCGCCUUGGGCGGUCUUGUUGCUUCACGCCUAGCCAACGGCUCUCGCUCUCACUCUCGUGCUCGUGGCCGCGAUGGCUCCAGGUCUCCUUCUCGGUCCCGCUCUCGUGCUAGGUCCAGGUCUAGGUCCAUCUUUGGACGCUCUCGUUCCCGUGGACGUUCCCGCUCUCACUCAAGCGACGACGGCAAUCGUAAUGGUCUCGCCAAGGUUGCUGGCACUGGUGCUGUACUCGCUGCAGGAAAGGCUCUCUACGACCGUGUGCGCUCCAAGUCUCGUUCUCGACGCGAGCGAUCUCGCUCUCGCUCUCGCUCUUCCAGCUCCGACAGCUACGUACCAUCGCGUAGGGGCAACCGCCGCUCAUACAGCCGAGGCCGCGGUAUGGACGACCAGUAUUCCGAAGCCCCUUCCAGGACUAAUUCAGAUCGCAGACUAGCCGCUCCCGUUGGGGCUGGCGCAGGUGCUCUAGCAGCACAUAACGGAGGAGGAGAACGGAGUCGAUGGAAUCCUAGUAGUGAUUCCGAGUCUUCCACCGAUAUGGAGGAAAAGCGCAAGAAACUUCGAGGUAAGGAGCUUCUCACUGCGGGUUUGGCUACGGUAGCCACGAUCCACGCCGCCCACGGAGUAUACUCGUCAAUGGUCGCCUCGGAAAACCGUCGCAAGCUCGUCAGCGAAGGAGAAAUGUCACCAGAGGAAGCACGCAAACGAAAAUCCAAAAACAUGCUCCAGGACGCCGCUGCCGUGGGUAUUGCUGCGCUUGGUAUCAAGUCGGCAUACUCGGAAUGGAAAGAGAUGAACGAGCAGCGUCACAGCGUCAAGGAGCUCGAAGCCCGUCGUCGCAAGAGGAGAAAGAUGAGAGAACGACGAGAGAAGGAGGCCCGCCUCAAUGCCCUUGGCAACAUGAAUGGUCCAGGCGCUAAUCCGUACGCAUAUCCUGUAGCUGCCAACCAACCCUACCCUGCUACAUCCUAUGCCGAUUCCAGCCCAUACGGUGCCGCUGUGCCGCCGCCACCUAUGGGUGCCAGGUACUAGACCUUCUCCCUUCUUGUUCCAUUCCCGACCUUUCAACUCUUUUUUUUGCUGUUAUUUGUUCAUUGCGUUGGGAAGUUGGGGGUUAGAGACAAUUAUUCGAUAUCCUUUUUUGCGAGUGGUUUUCUUAUUUUUCGGAGCAAGAUGCAAAAGAAAUGGGAAUAUUUCGAAUGACCUUUUUCUCUUUGCAUUUUGUUGCCGGCUCACUUUUCUCUAUCUCUCUUUUUACACACUGUCCUUGAACACAUAUAAACAGACAUGCGGAAAUAACGAGGUUUUUUUCUUCUUUCGGUAUGAUUAAUGAGGGGAAUUGGUUGGAUUGGGAAUUGCUGGGACGCGGGCAUGAUUAUGAAUGACGACUCUAUGACGACUAUAUAUGUAGAUAUCAAAUGAUGAGACUUUUUUUUAAAU